GCGAAAUUGUAUAGAUGUGCAUCAUUUGAUUUUGUAUGUUCAAGUACUUCAGUGCAUGAAUUGGAAAUAAAAGUUUUGAAUUAACUUUAAAUGCGACCCCUUUAGAAUGCGAGAAAAACCGGUAAUGACGUCAAUAGAGUAGUAACCUUUGCAGUUUGGAGACUUUCGCUAUGGAUAGGUAAACGGGAAAGAGGAAAACUUUUUGUAGAUAAUUUAGCUAUUAUUUCUCUCGCUUUCACUUUUUGGAUUAAUGUGACUAAUUUAUACCUAGUGUUGUACUUCUAUCGUAAAAACUGUGUUAUUUAAUCAUGAGUUUUGAGAUUCCUACCGGUUUAACAGACCUUCUGCAGGAUUUUACAGUUGCGGUGCUGAAAGAACGACCAAGUGAUUUAACUCAGUUUGCAGCUGAUUACUUUGUGAAGUUAAAUGAAAAUAAAAACAAUGACAGUUCAGUUAAAAAUGUGCGUGCGGGGGGCGUACGAUUCGCAGCUAGUCCACCUCCCGAGGAACCGAUGCAAACCGACAGUGACGAUGAAGAACCAGAACCUCCUCCUAAUCUGAAUUCACGCGGCACAAGAAGAGGUUCUGUAUUUGCUGCCCCAUACAACCCAGAGAGUGAUGAUGAGUAUGAAAAGAUUGUCCACCCUAAGUCAGAUGAACAAAGACAGAGAUUGGCUGAAGCAGUUAGUCAUAUCCUCCUGUUCCGAUCACUGGAGCCGGAACAGAUGCAAGAGGUUUUGGAUGCCAUGUUUGAGAAAAAGGUUGUGGAGGGAGACCACGUCAUUGACCAAGGAGAUGAUGGAGACAACUUCUAUGUCAUAGAAAGUGGACUGUUUGAUAUCAUAGUGAAUGGGAAAACUGUUGGAAAGUAUGAAAAUAAAGGUAGUUUUGGGGAGUUGGCACUGAUGUAUAAUCAACCAAGGGCAGCAACUAUUGUAGCUACAACAGAGGGCAGACUAUGGGCUAUGGACAGAGAAACGUUUAGAAGAAUUGUUCUCAAGAAUGCGUACAACAAGAGGAAGAUGUAUGAGAACUUAAUAGACAAUGUUCCAAUGUUAAAAACACUAGAUCCAUAUGAAAAGAUGAAUGUGGCUGAUGCCUUGGUCACCAAGACAUUUGAAGAUGGUGAAGUAAUUAUAAAACAGGGUGAUGAGGCUGAUUGUAUGUACUUUAUUGAGGAUGGAGAAGUGAGGGUUACAGUAAAGAACCAGGAUGAGGGUGAAGAAGGGAGAGACCCAGAGAGUAAAGAAGUUGAAGUUAAGCGAUACACAAAGGGAGGCUACUUUGGAGAGCUGGCCCUUGUUACACAUAAACCUAGAGCAGCCACGGCUUAUGCUGUGGGUAAAACAAAGUGUGCAGUACUGGAUGUACAGGCCUUUGAGCGUUUACUAGGUCCAUGCAUGGAUAUAAUGAAAAGGAACAUAGACGAGUAUGAGGAACAGCUAAUUCAGGUAUUUGGCGACAAGGCCAGCAUUUCUGAUCUCCGCUGAGUGUGUCCCCCCCUUCAUCAUCACAGACCACUAACAGGCAGUAGACAACCAGUCUGUCAUGUUCUUCUAGUUAACUAACUGUGUGGUCCACUGUACUCCACAGAUUUCUGAUAGUCAUCUGUACUCAUCAUCAAAGUAUAUAUAUUAUUUUCAACCUCUCUACUUUAUAUAUAUAUAAUGUAGAAUACCUUUAUUCUUAGAUAUUCAAAUGGUACAUUUGUACUUCCAUGAUUUUUUUCUGGAGGAAACUUUCACUUGCCUAUUUGGAUUUGUUGUUUACCUCAGAAGUGCAAAUAUUAGUCUAGUCAUUUGACUGUUAAUAGUAUCAGAUAAAUUCUUGACUACAAAAAAAUGUAAGAAUAAAAGUUUAGGAAUAAUAUAAAUAUAUUUCAUGCUUUAUUAUUAUUAUUUUUAUUUAUUUAAUUAUGCAUAUUUAUUGCCAAAUAAUGGUAUUGAAAAAAAAUCCAGUUAUUUGAAAAGUGAAGAUCAAAAAAGUCCUUUAAGCUUGAUAAGGGCCAUAACUGUAUAAAUUCAUUCAUUGCAUUUUUUUUCCUAUCUAGGUGCCAUUUUUUUGUGCUAUUAAGUAAAGUAUUGAAUGAUCUAUAUAUAUGACAAUUUUAUGAUAUAUGUAUGUUUUUUUGUGACAGGAUAAAUGUUUUGUACAAGAACAAACCAAACUGAAAUGUAUACAUGUGUUUGAUGGUUGUAUUCAAUUUUCUGUUGAUUAGAGGCAUUCUGAUUUGAACAUUUGUAAGACAAGUGUCAACUAAGAAUCAAAAAUUUUCACCCAGUUUUGUUUUCACCCAAACAAAAGAAAAAUGAAAAAAAUGAUACAGGUGAAUUUCUUAAUCAUGCUUGUAAGAAUGAUUUGAUUUUGAUUAAGACCUGAAAUUGGGGGUAUUAUUAGAAUUGUUUUGAACACAAGUAUUAUUAUAGAGAUAAUAAACAAUUUUGGAAAUG